AUGGAAAGAACUGUUGGCGUUGUAACGGUCCCAGAGGGGGUCGAGGGUAACCGAUACGAGCUCCUGGCCUGCUUGUCCUGGGCUGAAGAAUUCGGGAGUAACUGGGAUAGCGGCUUUGGCCCCGAGAACGAGGAUACGAGGCGUCCGAGUUCAUGCUCUCUGAUCGACGGCGUGGCGGCUUGUGUUCGCCACCUGGUCGCGUCCUUUGACAACUUUGUCAAGUCCCACCGUCGCGCCCACUCGCUUCCUGGCCCCCACUUAGCCCAAGUUACCGACAUAUACGGUUUUCGUGACGAUACCGUGCAAAUCGGGGAUGAGAAUGGCCUACAGAGCCAUUUUCAACGAGAAGUCGGGUGA